AUGGUGCUGUUAAGUCGUCCAUCAAUUCCAUGGAGGAGGGCGUCACGGCGCUUGGAGGAGCCGGCACCGCCGCCGCCGCCGCCCGAGAAGCGAGGCGCCACCAAAACUGACCACUCGCCACUGCUGGAGCCAGCCGCCGGGCCUGCCGGCUCGCGCAAGCUGGGCACUGUGCUCGGCGUACUCGUGCCGGUGGUGCUGUCGCAGUUCUCAUCCCUCCUCUUCCUGCGCGUUGGCUACAUCGUGGGUCAGUCGGGCCUGGUGCUGGCCAUCGUGCAGCUGGUGCUGGCUUAUGCCAUCCUGCUGGUGACCAUCUUGUCGCUGUGCGCGCUCUGCACCAACGGCGCCAUCUCCGGCGGCGGCUCCUACUAUAUGAUCAGCCGAACGCUGGGCCCAGAGUUCGGCGGAAGCGUCGGAGUUCUGUUCCUGUUCGCCAACAUAUUCUCCAGCGCUCUCUACAUUUCGGGAUGUGUGGAAGGAAUGGUGAACAACCUCGGAAUCGGGGGCACGUGGAACGCGGGCAUGCCGGACGGCGGCUGGUGGCGCUUCCUGUACGGCUUCUGCAUCAACCUGCUGAACUUCCUGGUGUGCGUGGUGGGGCCGGGCAUGUACACGCGCGCCGUGCUGGUCAUCAUCCUACUGGUGCUGGUCUGCCUCGGCUCGGUCGUCGUCAGCUUCGGCCGUACGGCCAUGGAGGUGAUGCUGCCAGAAGCCAACAUGCUGGUGCAGAACAGCACGUUUCGCGUCAACGCCACCUUCACCGGCUUCAACACAUCGACGCUGGAGGCGAACCUGUGGCCGGCGUACGCGGCCGACUACACCGACAGCCAGCACGCCGUGCCCAACUUCUUCACCGUGUUCGCCGUCCUCUUCUCGGGCGUCACCGGCAUCAUGGCCGGCGCCAACAUGUCAGGGGAGCUGGCCAACCCGGGCCGAAGCAUUCCGGGCGGGACGCUGCCAGCACAGGCCGUCUCGUUCUGCACGUACCUGCUGCUCUUCUUCCUCACCGCCGCCACCUCCUCCCACUUCCUGCUGGUCAACAACUACAUCUACAUGAUGGACAUCAACUACUGGUCCGGCUUCGUCUUCUUCGGCAUCGUCUUGGCGACGGUUUCGGCCAGCCUGAGCAACUUGAUGGGUGCCAGCCGGGUGCUGGACGCGCUGGUCAAGGACAAGCUGUUCGGUAACCUGCAGCGGCUGGUGGCCAAGACCACCUGGCACGGGAACCCGCUGGGCUCGCUGGCGCUCUGCUUCAUCGGCGUGCAGCUGGUGCUGCUGGUCGGCUCGCUCAACCAGAUCGCGCGCUUCACCUCCAUCUUCUUCCUCAUGUCCUACUUUGCCGUGCACCUGGCCACGCUCGGGCUCGAGUGGGCUUCGGCGCCGAACUUCAGGCCGGAGUUCGCCUACUUCACGUGGCACACGUGCUUGGGCGGCAUGAUCGGCACCCUGGCCAUGUCGCUGCUGGUCAGCUGGUGGUGCAUGCUCGUCUCGGUCGCCGUCUGCGUACUCCUGGUCAUCCUCAUCCACAACUUCUCGCCGGCCACCGAGAACAACUGGGGCUCGCUCUCGCAGGCCCUGAUAUUCCACCAGGUCCGCAAGUACUUGCUGCUGCUGGACCCGCGCAAGGCACACGUCAAGUUCUGGCGGCCGCAGAUGCUGCUGCUGGUGGCCAAUCCGCGCUCCGCCUGUCCGCUCAUCCAGUUCGUCAACGACAUGAAGAAGUCGGGCCUGUUCCUGGUGGCGCACGUCAAGGUCGGCACGCUGGACGACCGACCCGGCGACCCCUGCGCCGGCGAGACGCUCCUCUGGAUGAAGCUCGUCGACCACCUCAAGGUGAAGGCGUUCACCGAGCUGACCCUGGCGCCGACCAUCCGGGAGGGCAUGCAGCACCUGGUGCGCAUCUCGGGCAUGGGCGGCAUGAAGCCCAACACGGUCAUCCUGGGCUUCCGGGACGACCACAGCCACGUCGACUUCCUCCGCAAGAGCUACCUGGACACGUUCAGGGCCAACGGCCGCGCCCUGCGCCCCCGGUACACCAGCAGCCGGGAGCUGGACGUACUGCGGAUGUCGGACCUGCAGUGUCCGCCCGACUCGGCCUUCCACCCGGAGCGGCUGCGCACCGACGCCGCCGACCCGGACGAGCGGCUCGGCCAGGUCUCGCCCGCCGAGUACGUGCAGAUGGUGCGCGACCUCAUCAAGAUGGACAAGAACGUCUGCCUCUGUCGCUACUUCCACAACUUCGACAAGAAGGAGCUCGCCAAGCGGCUUAAGCACCGCGAGGUGGUGCACAUCGACGCGUGGCCCGUCAACUUCUUCGACACGAGCUCCACCUGGACCAGCGACGACGUGACGUCGCAGUUCCUGCUGCAGGUGUCCACCGUGCUGCUGAUGACCCAGGCGUUCCGCGGCACCACGAUGCGGCUGCGCGUGUUCCUGUGCGUCAGCUCCAGCGUGCCGGCCGCCUCGGUGACGCGCCUUCACGACAGCCUGCUGACCAGCAUGCAGGAGAUGCGCAUCCGCGGACAGAUCGUGGUGCGCGUGCUGGACGAGAUGCGGGAGGAGGUGACGAGCGUGGCCGGCGCGUCCGACGCCUACGUCGCCAGCAUCAACCAGCGGAUCCGGUGCGAGUCGGCCGGUACGGCCAUCACGUACCUGUACCUGCCGGCGCCGGCGGCACCGUCCGGCGACGCGGCCGACGUCGGCUACCUGCGGCACCUGACGGCGCUCACCGACCAGCUGCCGCCCACCGUGCUGGUGCACGGCGUCAGCCGCGUCACCACCACCGCCCUCUGAGGGGGCGGCGCGGCGCCCGCGGCCGAGGAGGCGGCGACGCCGCAGGCGCCGGUCCCGGCAGGCGGCGCCACCGGCACCGGCUCCCGCCGAGGGUGGCUCCGUUGUCGCCGGCUUUGGGGCUGGCCACUGGUGCCGCCCCCUUGGGGAGUCACCUCCGGAACCAUCGGCACCAUCGGCACCCUUUCGAGGGUUCGCCACAUGACACGGUUCCAGUGACCUGGUGAGGCUGGCCACGUGGUGUGGGGUGGCGACGUAAGAGCCAGCAGUGAUUUGGCAACCCGGACUUGGGUCAUGCCGCUGUAGGCCCCGCUGCCGCGCGGAGGCUCGUAUUUGUGUUGUCGGUGGGUGUGGGCCCCUGGCCCGAAAGUCCGGCCGAGCGGUGAUCAUCGUCUGGUUACAUGAUAGCCUGCGUCCAUUUACACGUGGCGAUCCGCGCCCAUUUCCACGAUCUACGUCCAGCUGCUGGGUGAUCUGCGUCUCGCGGAAAUGUUGGUGGGUUAAAGAGCCAGAGAAGCCCCCGCCCGUGCUAAGGCAACUCUGUCGAUUGCACGUAUCAAAAGACGAUGAUAAGACGUGCGAGGUGCGCGUGGUAUUAGUCAGCUUAGUCAUUGCAUGUUUAGGAGGUUAUAUAUCGGCAGGCGAAGCGCAGUGAAUGAGACCAAUGGUGAUUGCGUUAUCAAGGCUCGGAUUAAUUGCUACGCACAUUGGCAGCAUUUAUCCCUAUUUUAUGGCACAUCUUGCUGGGUUGUGAAGCCAGAUUACUUGCAUCCAAGUACCUUGCUGAGGGUCGAUUUAUACUAUAUACACCAACAAUGUCUGCAGUGCCUUUCGGAAGCCUGGGAUGUCAUGACUUGUGGCUUGCACAUGGUCACGACCAUGUAAGCUUCGCGGCAUGCAGGUGCUCGCCCCGAUGGCCGUGCGUCUCGAUGUCGAUCGUUUUAGUUACGGCCGGUGCCCCGCGGCUAGCGACCACCCAUUCAUUGUCGGCUAGAGCAAGCUGACCAACUGCGUCAUGGAGAUGAGAUGGGCGGGUUGGCCGUGCACGAGGUGCCUGUAGGAUAUUCCAAAGAGCAGAGAUAAAAACAUUCGAAUGUGACCGAAGUUCUUUCUAGUUGUGAGCGUUUGUUGGAGCUAAGCGGCAGGCAGGCAAAGAAAGUGUUUAAUUAUGGGUUAUCUUUAAGUUCUAUGAAAGUAGUAUGUGCGUGCUGAUGAGAAUGCAUGUCCGAUGCGACGGUCUAGGUUUUGCUCCGGUGUUCGCACGCUGUAUUUACAGAGAAGACGCCGGGCAGAAAGCGGCUAGCGGUUGUCUAGAGGCAUCGAAUGCCUUCAGGAAUGGGAUGGAAAUUUAGUUACAGCGUAACGGGUUCGGCUUUUGCGUCAUUAAACAGUCGUGAAUUUUUAUUCCAACCCCCUCGUCAGAAUUUCCGCGCAGCAUGACAGCGACUGACCGGCUGCCUUCCGGGGCUGCGCGCGGUGCCGACCGACCUGUGAUCCACGCAUGCGCGGUGCUCGCUGGGAACGUGUGACAGUGUGGUGAUGGUUUCUGGAUUAUUGCCGUCUUCCUCGUCUUUUAUGCGGUUUUGUCGCCCCUGCUUCCAGUGGCCGCGUCUGUGUCUGUGUCGCCGCCGGUAUCGUGAGGCAGUUUGUUUGCGUGUGAGCCUCCAGCGCUGUGUGUCAGUAUUCCGUGUCGCAGUGGGCCGGCGUGUCGCUGAUGCUUGAUGGAAACUGAGACGCUUGAGCGUCCAGCGCUGUGUACCAGUAUUCCGUGUCGCGGUAGGCCGGCGUGUAGCUGAUGUCCGCGGGGAAACUGAGACGGCGAGUAGACUAGUCGUGAUCCGCCCGGCAUUUGAGCCAUGACGCGUUGGUCGUAGGUCGCACCACGUUCCGAACAGCUGCUGAGAGCCGCCUGUGGCCGGCAAGACGAGGAGAAUGCUGUCGCGGAUGGUGAUUCCAGUGUGCUUGUGUCCUCUGGGGUGUACGCUAUGAGCACGCAUGCAUCGGAUGUCUGCGCGGAAGGUGUGUCACCCCUGCUUGACUGAUGUCUGCCGCUGGUACUGUUUCUGUAGGUGCACCGUAUUUAUAUUUUAUCGCUGUAGCGUGAUUUGGUGUCGCGACUGGUGCUACUUUCGCUCAGCCAACCGCUUCUCCAUAUUCCGCGCUAACUUAACACGGCGUCAUUGUUCCUAUUUGCUGAGGGUUUUAUGUUACCUUGCGAUUGGAUGCGAAGUGCGAGUGGAAUGACCGGCGGCACCUUCACGAUGUUCUAUUCCAAUACAUUCGAGCUUUAA